AUGAUUCCGGCUCGGUUUGAAUUUUAUGCAACGGUACUGGUAACGUGUACCAUGUUACUUAACUAUACUGUUGGUCAAGCGCGUUCGCGCGAUGCUUCUUGCAGUCAAACUUUCAGCGGAAAAGAAAGUGGUCAACUGCUCAGCCCAGGAUAUCCACAAGAGUAUAAAACCUCGGAAUUCUGCAAUUAUGCUAUCCAACUUCCGUCCAACCGUCAAGUCAACCUAACAUUCACCGAAGUUGCAUUAGAGAAAUGGAAUGCUUCUCUGGUCGACUUCAUCGUGUUAUUCGACGGUGUGGACUGCAUGUCCAAGAGAAUUGCCGCAGUGGUGAAUAUCAGCACCCCGACCUACAUUUCUAGUGGCAAUAGCAUGGUUGCUCUAUUCACCUCAGAUGUCACUGGUCAAUUUGGCCCAUUUGCUGCCAAUUUUACAGCAGUGAGCGGAGUGGACCCAACAAAACCGGUUCCGCCUUUUCCGGAAAAUAAAAUAUUAAUACAAUGUGGGAAAGAGAUAAAAGGAGAUUCUGGAAGUCUGUCGUAUCAAGGAAAAGAAGGACGUAACUAUCUAUGCAUCUGGAGGAUAUCGGUCCAAUCUGGCAAAACGAUUGCUUUCAAUCUAACGAAGUUAUCCAUAAGCUACCCAGGGAAUUGGCUACGUCUUUUGGAUGGAAGCGAUUGUGGUGCACCCGUCGUCCAUUUCGUGUACGGAGAUUCAGGAAACCGUCUCGUAUCACUGACUUCUACCUCAAAUACAAUGAUGGUCAUAUAUGCUGCAUUAAGUGGGAACACAACAGAUUUGUUUGAGGCCACUUAUCACAGCGUGCCUGCACCUCCUGGCACUGCAUCGAAAGCUGGUUCAGGAAUGUUAUCUAUGGUGGCCACAAAUCUGUUGCUCAUUACAGCGGCACGGAGUUAUGCUUUUAGCUGA